AUGAUCUAAACCUUUCACUAGCUAUAGCUGCUCUGUAGUUGACGGAAACACUCAACAACUUGUCCUGGCUUUUCACUACACUGGUGGGAGAAUCCCAGAUCUGGGCCUCUCUCACAUGGAAUACGAGGAGGACGAUGAUGACAUUCUCUUUGCCAAAUGGAUGAGUAGCUUCUGGGGACAUAGUGGUGUUGAAGAAAGUGAGAAGGACCUCAGGAACCAUAGGAAAAGGCAAUCCCGUGCACUUUCAGAGAGGAGAGCAUCUCUUCCUUGCCCGGCCCAGCUCUCUGCCAUGCAUGUGGCCAGGUUCCACUCAGCUUCCAAAGCGCCAUCUCCUGUAUAUUUGAAGGGAUACAAGGAACCUCAUGGGGAUAAAGACACCAAAAGCAACAACCAAACCAAGUUAAGCAAAGUAUUCUCAGUUGAAGCUUCAGUGCCUGAGAGCAAAGAACAGAAAAAACGAUCAAAUUCUAUACAAGAAUUCUCAGAAUCAUUUGAUAAGCAGCUGCGCUUCCGGACCAAACGCUCCACUUCUCUGGGAGAGCAUUCAAUACCAAGGUGGCAUUCGUCCUGCAGAGAGAAGGAUGAAGAUGAGGACCCAUGUGUCAUCUGCCAUGACGACCUUCACACUGACAGCAUCUGGGAACUGCACUGCUCCCAUAGAUUCCAUAAGGAGUGUAUAGAAAAAUGGCUGUGCAAGAAGCAGACGUGCCCCACGUGUCGGGUGCAGGUCAUCACAUCCAAGUCUUUUUUCUUAUCUUCUGCUCGGAUGAAAGUUCCAUGAAGAGCAAAGUUGUAAAUCUCCUUUUUCCUACAGGUGCAAAGAACCUGAAAUGGCUGAAAACCUGACAGAUGUACAGCACGUUGAUCUUUUUUUAUGAUAGAAUCUUAUUUUUGCUUUAGUUUUUAUUGUACAGCUGCAUUGUAAAUAAAGUUAGG